GGAUUCGCAUGGAGUUGGGUUUGGUGCGCUGCCCGCGAGGAGCUAUAAAAGCGCACGAUGCGAGCAACUUGGCCGUUAGUCGUCAGUCCUCCGGCGUGGAACUCGAUCUCCGCCGUGGGAGCAGCUGUAUUCCGUGAAAGCAUAGCCACCAACGGUUGAAAUGUGUUUGCAAACUAUUUAGCAUCGGUGUAUCCGUAAAAUGUAACAGCAACCAGAAGACGGUCCUCGAAAAUCAGACACACAAUGUCGCACCUGGUGAUGAGGCGACGGAUUCUGCUUAUGGUUUUGCUAUUUGCAGGUCCACUGCGAAACGCACCUUUCGGCGGUGCACAGGUGGCGAUAGCGACAUCACCAACCACCGGUCGUGACCGUCAAAUUCCGCCGGAGUGGGAGCGAAACUGGGAGUUGGAUCCGGACUGGGAUUUCACUGGAAGUGAGGACAGGGACUCCGUCGCGCCGACGACGUCACGCUCCUUGGACAACUUUUACCCUUUCGAUGGCGGAAAUGCCCCGCCGAAAACCAGUGAAACGGAAAUGGAUAACCAAUUCGGAGAUAGCUAUCUCACCCCGUAUCCUGCAUUGUUCGGUCGCCAGUGGCACCUCCAGCAUCGCAAGCAGCUGCAGGUGCAGCACAAGUGGCAAUCUCCGGCACCUCCACUUGCGGAGGUCAAGGCCAAGAGGGAUCCCGCCAACUGGCCACCCGACGACGAGGAGCCACCGCCUACGCACCCCUACGCCUACACCUUGCCCUGGAAACGAAAGGAGGUUCCGGACUCACUCCGAUAUAUGCCCUCGAUCAGUGCUGCCAUGACCAAUCUGGGCGGCUUUUUCAACCGCCUGGAGGCGAACCUGCGCUUCGCGGAGCAGUCGCAACUGGGUGAGUCGGAGACGCGAAUGCUGGAGGGUAAGCACCCGCACCCACUGCACCUGCCGCCCGUGCCGCCCGACGCUCCGGAGGAUUCCGAGCAGCAGCAGGAGCACGACCGGAAGACAUCGAAGCUCCUGCAGGCCCUGCGCAGCUACAGGCCCUCCCAGAAGAUCCGAUCGCUGGUGUCGCGCAAUCCGCAGGGAUACCGCGGCUCCCAGUUCAUAGAUCCGAGCUACAUGUGGCUGGGUCUGGGCAAAUGACAGUGAGACCGCCGGAGCAGCAGAAUGACCCAUCAAUAGUUACCUAAGUAGCUGCAACGAAUGCCGCCCCAAGAUUCGAUUUAAUUUAUGCCCUCUGUGUGUGUAGAAAUAUAUGUUUGAAAGUCUAUCACAGCAAAAACGAAGAAAUGUGUGUUAAGUUUUAAGGAAUGGUAUGUAUUAACAUUUUAGAACUGCAAACAAAUAAUAGUAGAUGUUGUCCCAAAUCUUCAAGCAUUAUAACACGAAGAGCAAAACAAAACGCCCAGCACCCAAAUAAUUAUCCAUGUGAUUGUGUAUAUAAAAUAUAUAUAUUUUUUUUGGAGCCAAUCGAAAAAUCGUGUUUUGGCCAUUUCGUUCGAAUAUACGUAUGGAUACAGUCGCGUUAAUGUAAAUAUAUAUGAUGUA